GGAGGUAGUGAAAGGAUAACAGCAAACAAAUGAAACGGCUUGAGAGCGCAUGGACUUUCUCUGUGGGAAUCAAUAUUCAAGCCCUGAUCUUCCUGUGGAGCAAUGAGGCCAACUCCAAAAAAAAAAAGGGAAUGCUGAAAGACAUGAGCCGGAGGGGAGGGCAGUAAGAUGUGGUAUGUAAAGGAAGAGCUUCUCAUUGGAGGCACAACAAAAAGAAGACUGCCAUGCAUGUUUUUUGGGGAUAAAGAGGAAAAACAAGUGUCUUACAUUCAGAGGCCAUCUUGGUCAGACUGAUUCCCUGAGGACUCAACAUCUAAUCAUUAAGGUUCCAGUGUGAAGUGUAGUAGUGUUGGGAAAAGACACCUGGAAGAACAAGAUGACGACCUCCAAACUGAAGUGGCUGGUCAUAAUCCAGCUUCUGCUGAAUGAACAGGUUCUGUGCAGGAUAAUGCCUCCUUUGGUACUGAAGAAUGCUUCACUUCCUGUUACUGGUGUGCAGGAGGAAACAAAGACAUCUUGCUUGGAAUCUCAUCUCUCAUCUACAGGAAAGCCAAGUACUCUGUCAAAGGUUGCACAAAAAGAGGAAGUCCAGUCUGCCAAACAAAUGAUAUUGAUUCUCAGAGAAAAGCUUCAAGAGCAGAUUUCAGAUCUCUACUUUCAAGGGAAUGCCAGCUGUGAGGAGCUGCUGUCUGCUAGCACCAUGGAUGACCAGUUACCUGUUAUGCUGCCCCGGGAACUUCUAGGCCUCUCUCUAGUGCCUGUGCUGGUCAUGACUGGUUGCCAAAAGGAGGCACAGACCCUGGUUCUGAAGCUAUAUGAUCUGUUGGGAGUGGCAGAUGCAGAAGAACUCCUGAUGGAAGUUCAGGGUCUGACAGAAAGGAGGAUGAUGAGGUCAAGAUCCACAACAGUACCUGUGGCAGGAGGUGGGCGCCACAUGGAGGCUGUGAUGUUUAACAUCCAUCAGCUAGCCACAGUGGGUGAGCAGAGGAUGGGACCGGACUCCUCUCUGCAUUGUGAGGGCUGGAGCCGGUUGAAUGGGACCGUGCUGUUAGGAACAUCUGUGCAAGGAACCACAGGUGAGCUAGAGGAAGCACUGAGGUCCUGUGAGAGACUGGGAGUCCUGUGUGCUGGUGUCAGCAGCUUUGGGCCCAUGCUCGGGAAGUAUCAGGCAGUGUUGAAGAGAGGCAGUCACAUCCUGCCCUCUGAGUCCUCUCAGUCUGAAUGCUGGAUCCAGCAAUGCAGUGAUGAAGAUGUUUCACUCCCAUUAGGGAAGCGGAUGAGGCGCACUCCCCACAGGAGCUGUAUCAACACGAGAGAGGAGCGUGUCUACAACGUAAUGGAGUGGAUCCCUGGAAUCAGCACCCUGUACAACCUGGGCACCGCUGUGUACUAUGCCUCAGUCAACUGCUCUGAAACAGCCAAGGAGAGAGCCAUCCUCUCUGCCGUCGACAUUGGCACGGACGCUCUCAUGGUUGUCACAGGGGGGACCGCAGGGGUGGCGGGCUACGCCAUUGGUGCAGGUGUGAAGACUGGCGUGAAAGCCAGCAUCAAGUAUCUGCUCAGCUCCAUCAAGCAGGAAGAAGAUGUGCUGGUCAACCAGCACAGCUGUGAUGGAGCCAUAACCGUGCAGUAGACUAAAAGAUCAUUAAAACUAGCUGGAUACUCCUGUUUCCAUACUAAUAAAUAAUAAAUAAUAUCAAUCAAAUAAUUACA